AUGACGCGCGCGGUGCCUUCGAUCGACGCGCGCGCGCGCGCGCACGCGACGCAGACGCGACGUCGUCCACGACGCGCGCAUCUUUAUCAUCCAUCGACGCGCGCGCGAUCGUCGACGGCGCCGAGGGCGUUCUUGGACCGCCUGAGCGGGAACGCGACGGCGACGGGUGAUAAGCAACAGCGCGAUCUGUUCGCGCAGACGAAACGGGCCGAGGUGCGGAUUCCGGGAUUCUUGGCGUACGUGGACGUGGACGAGGCGACGUCGACGCGAGGCGCGGAGGUCGUCGACGCGGUUUUACACGCGGGAGCGACGUGCGUGGCGCUGCGAGAGUACGGCGUCGACGGUACGGGCGGAGGAAAUUCCGGGAAGAAAUUGUACGAAGCCGCGACGACGCUCAAGACGCUCGUGCGUGGACGAGCGUGCGUGUUGAUUGUGGACAGAACGGAUAUCGCCGCGAGCGCCGAGUUGGACGGCGUCGUGCUCACGGAUGACGGCGUGCCGACGGUCGUGGCCAGAAAAGCGCUCCCUGAAACAGCUGUCGUGGCGCACGAGAGCGAAAGCGCCGAAGAAGCGGAGAAGGCGAGCAAAGAAGGCGCCGACUUGCUCCUCGUGCGCGACGUCGCGAUGUUGGAGGCGAUUCGCCAGUCGGUGAGCGUGCCGAUUUUCGUGGACGCCGCGGACGGUCUCGGCGCCCUGGCGAGCGAGAAUUCGUCCACACUGCAAGAUCUCGCGGCAAAAGGUGCGAAUGGGGUCACGAUACGCAAUCUCACUAAAGAUCCAGCGAGCGGUGAUGAGGCUUUACUACAGUCCGCCGUGCGCGCGGUGGCGAACGCGUUGGAACAAAGUUACGAGGCGUUGGGCGAUUCGAAGGGCGCGAACGGGUCAGCGCCGCAAGUCACGCCGAAAAAGUUCAGUCUCGUUAGUGCGGACGGCGAAGAAAUGAUCGAACGCGAACGACAAUUGGUGGAGGAAAUCUUGAAAUUUUUGCGCGAAAACUGCACGGAUUUGGACGAGAUCAAGUUGCUCGCCGAAGCGCGCAAAGGUUUGGAAGACUUGUUUCUCGUCGUCAUUUGCGGCGAAUUCAACGCGGGUAAGUCUUCUGUCAUCAACGCUAUGCUCGGCGACAAAUUCGUCGCGGAAGGCAUUCUUCCGACGACAAACGAAAUCGCGGUGUUGCGAUACUCUUCGAAAAAGUCGCGAGAGCAAACCGAAGACGGCUUCUUCAACGUCGGCAUUCCCGCCGAGCUCUUACAGCAGAUGAGAAUCGUGGACACGCCCGGCACGAAUGUGAUUCUGCAACGCCAGCAGCGCUUGACGGAAGAAUUUGUGCCGCGCGCCGAUUUAGUGCUCUUCGUCUUGUCCGCCGAUCGACCCAUGACAGAGAGCGAGGUCAAGUUUUUGACGUAUAUUCGCAAGUGGGGGAAAAAGGUCGUCUUCGUGGUGAACAAGACGGAUUUACUCUCCGAUCUUGGAGACGUGGACGAAGUGGUGGCGUUUGUCAAAGAGAACGCGACGCGGUUGCUCAGUGUGAGCGAUCCCGCGGUGCUUCCCGUGAGCUCGAGAAACGCUCUCAAGGCGAAGAAGGCGGAUUCGUCAAACUACGCCAACUCGCGCGCGUUCGUCGAAAGCGGCUUCGGAAAGUUUGAAGAUUACGUUAUGUCAUUCUUGGGGGGAUCGGGCGAGCGUGCUGGGGAAGCACUGCGGCUUAAACUCUCGACGCCACUCAACGUGAGCGAGCUCUUGCUCAAUGCCGCUGAACAAAUUCUAGAAGGAGAAGACGAGGAAGCAAAGUCUGAAGUCGCGAUGGCGACGGGGGUCACGUCACAAAUGGAGAGCUACCGACAAGAAAUGAUUACCGACGCGGCGGCGCAGCGAGCGGCCGCGCGCGAGGUCGUG